AUGUGUCAGAGCUUCCUGGGCGCGUCCCUGCGCUCCGCUGUGCCCACCAAGGGCCAGGGAAACAAGCAGGUGACCCGCGCCGCCAUUGAGUUCUACGGCCCCGACAGGGCUGGAUUCCUGGGCCCCUUCACCGAGUCUCCCUCAUACCUGAAGGGUGAGUUCCCCGGUGACUACGGCUGGGACACCGCCGGUCUGUCCGCCGACCCCGAGACCUUCGCUCGCUACCGCGAGAUCGAGGUCAUCCACGCUCGCUGGGCCAUGCUCGGAGCCCUGGGCUGCGUGACCCCAGAGCUGCUCGCCAAGAACGGCGUCUCCUUCGGCGAGGCCGUCUGGUUCAAGGCCGGCGCUCAGAUCUUCGGCUCUGACGGCCUCAACUACCUGGGCAACCCCUCCCUGGUGCACGCCCAGUCCAUCAUCGCCACCCUGGCCUGCCAGGUGAUCCUCAUGGGCGGUGCUGAGGCAUACCGCGCAAACGGCGAGGGCCCAGGCGUUGAGGGCCUGGACUCCCUGUACCCCGGUGGCCCCUUCGACCCCCUCGGCCUUGCUGACGACCCGGACACCUUCGCCGAGCUCAAGACCAAGGAGAUCAAGAACGGCCGUCUGGCUAUGUUCUCCAUGUUCGGAUUCUUCGUGCAGGCCAUCGUCACCGGCAAGGGCCCCAUCGAGAACCUGUCCGACCACUUGGCCGACCCCGGAGUUAACAACGGCUUCGCCGCCGCCACCAAGUUCGCUCCCUGA